AUGACUAAGUUUGUUUCAUGUGAAGCCACAGAGGAAACACCACCAACGAAAGAAAAAGAAAAAGAAGAAAAAGAAAAAAAGCGCAACAAGGCAAACAUCAUGAAUGCAUUAUCACGAGAAAGGAAAGAUAGACCAGAGGACGAGCAUGCAUCAAAGACAGUAAACCAGGAAGGACCAUAUCAGCAGCAGCAGCAGCAGCAACAACACCAGCACCAUAGAGAAACCAACGAACGAGACGCCACCAGCAGAGACCAACCAGAUAACAAGCAUACGGCAAAGACAAUAGACCAGGAAGCCCCAGAUUAUCAACAACACCAGCAGCAACAGCAACAGCAACAGCAACAGCAACACCAGCAGCAAAAACAACAGCGUAGAAAACCCGAAGAACGAGUGGCACCAGAGACCAAACAAAGACUAACGAAGUAG